GAAAAGCAAACAAAAACGGAAGUGGGUAGGAGUAGGAUUGCGAGAAUCCAACGAGAAUGGCAUGUAACUCUGUUAUUUCAUCUUCUCUUCACAUAACAAGUUCAAUGGCCAUUAAGGGUGUCCUCUCCUUCACUCCCACCCCACUUCCUCUCCUUCAUCUCCCCAAAGCCUUCACCUUUCUUUCAUUUUCUGCUUCCGCUAAACCCCCCACUAAGUCAUUUCAAGUGAGAUCAGUGGCUGCUCCUGCUGAAGCUGUAGCAGGGUUUGAUGACAUGGUUUCUGGGACUCAGAGGAAGUAUUACAUGCUAGGUGGGAAAGGUGGGGUAGGGAAGACAAGUUGUGCUGCUUCUCUCGCUGUUAAAUUUGCCAAUAAUGGACACCCCACUCUUGUGGUUUCCACUGAUCCAGCACAUUCUUUGAGUGAUUCUUUUGCUCAGGAUUUGACAGGGGGGGCAUUGGUGCCAGUGGAAGGACCUGAUUUUCCGCUUUUUGCUCUUGAAAUAAACCCCGAGAAGUCUAAGGAAGAGUUUCGAAAUGCAACCAAAACAAAUGGUGGAAGUGGAGUCAAAGACUUCAUGGAUGGCAUGGGUCUUGGAAUGAUUGUAGAACAGUUGGGAGAGCUAAAGCUGGGAGAGUUAUUGGAUACACCUCCUCCUGGACUGGACGAAGCUAUUGCAAUUUCCAAGGUUAUGCAAUUUCUUGAAUCACAGGAAUAUAGCAUGUUUACUCGAAUAGUAUUUGAUACGGCUCCUACGGGUCAUACAUUGCGAUUGCUUUCCUUGCCUGAUUUUUUGGAUGCGUCCAUCGGGAAGAUACUGAAGCUAAGACAAAAGAUAGCUUCUGCUACAUCAGCAAUUAAAUCCGUGUUUGGGCAGGAAGUAACUAAACAGGAUGCUGCUGACAAAUUGGAGAAACUUAGGGAGAGGAUGAUAAAAGUGCGUGAGCUCUUUCGUGAUACAGAAUCAACAGAAUUUGUCAUUGUAACAAUUCCCACGGUGAUGGCAGUUAGCGAGUCAUCUAGAUUGAGUGCUUCCUUGAAGAAGGAAAAUGUUCCUGUGAAUAGACUUAUUGUCAAUCAGAUUCUUCCACCAUCUGCGUCUGAUUGCAAGUUCUGUGCCAUGAAAAGAAAGGAUCAGAUGCGUGCUCUUGAUAUAAUCCAAAACGAUCCAGAACUCUCCAGCUUAGUGAUGAUCCAGGCACCACUUGUUGAUGUCGAGAUAAGAGGUGUUCCAGCUCUCAAAUUUCUGGGUGACAUUAUUUGGAAAUAACUAUCACAGUUAUUCUAGUAAUGAUUAGGUUAAAUUUAGUAAUUUGCUGAAGUUGGCAGUUUUGUGGAGAACCAUAAACUCAGCGCAUGACAUCAAGGCUUAUCAGAUUUAUAUAGUGGAGUUGCAGAGAAGCUGAGAUGUUCAAGUUCUGGUGCUGGCAGUCCUUAAAAGGCACUUGCCUCCAAUAUUUACAACCUACAGUUUCAGAAACCAUAAAACUUCUUCGUUUUUUCACAUUAAAAAGAAUAUGUUACUGUAAAUCCCCUGCUCCAGCACUAAGUAUCUGAACUUUUUUUUGU